CUGCAAGAAGCACAGUGGUUUUCCCGGGCUUAUGAGUGGUUUGCUAGCCAGGACUAGGGCAGAAGCCCUUCAGGAGCGGACCUUCUAGCCAAUCAGCGCUGUACUGUCUGAAGUCAGCAGCCAAUCAGAUAAGAACUGGAGAUUUGACGAGACUGAAUACAGCCACAACCUCUCAGCAAUGUCUAAUGAAGAAUCUGGUGCCUUCAACUCUGAAGUUAAACCAAAAUCAAUGACUCGUGCAAAGCAAUGGACAGAUGAGAUAGAAAACCUGUACAGAUUCCAAACCGCUGGCUACAGAGAUGAAGUGGAAUACAGGCAUAUAAAGCAAGUGGCUAUGGUGGAUCGCUGGCCAGACACCGGAUUUGUGAAAAAGUUGCAGAGGAAAGACAAUACAUUUUAUUACUACAACAAGAGCAGAGAAUGUGAAGACAAAGAAGUCCAUAAAGUAAAAGUGUAUAUCUACUAAAUAAAUGUCCACACAUUGUACUGA